AGCAUUAGCUUAGGCACAGAUAGCAAUGGAAGACAGUUUUAGAGUUCGCGUCGACAAAGCCUUCGGUUCUCUUCCUCUUUCUUCAACCUCCCCUUCUUCUCUUUCCUCUCUCUGGUCUCUCGCCGACGACGAAAUCAACUCCACACCCUCCAACCAAUCCGAACCUAAACCCGACCCUAAACCCUCCACAACCUCCUCCUCUUUUUCUUCUAGCUUCCGGGUUCAGCUAGAGAAUGACCUCGACAAUCUCAAUGACAAAGAUGACAAUAACAAAGAUGGUGACGUGGGGUUUUAUUGUACUCAGCUCAAACCCGACGAUUACGACGAUGAACAAUGGCAAAUUAGGUCUGGUAUUGGCCUCGAUUGCACCCUUGAUCACGAGGAGGAAGAUAAAUAUGAUAAACAAGCAAUUGAGAAAGAGAACUAG